CCGCCGCCACGCCCGCCGCCACAGUCACGGCCACGGUGGUGAUGACCACGGCCACCAUGGACCUGCGGGACUGGCUGUUUCUCUGCUACGGGCUGAUCGCCUUCCUGACGGAGGUCAUCGACAGCACCACCUGCCCCUCCGUGUGCCGCUGCGACAACGGCUUCAUCUACUGCAACGACCGGGGACUCACCUCCAUCCCCGCGGACAUCCCCGACGACGCCACCACCCUCUACCUGCAGAACAACCAGAUCAACAACGCCGGCAUCCCCCAGGCCCUCAAGACCAAGGUGAGCGUGCAGGUCAUCUACCUGUAUGAGAACGACCUGGACGCGUUCCCCGUGAACCUGCCCCGCUCCCUGCGGGAGCUGCACCUGCAGGACAACAACGUGCGCACCAUCGCCAGGGACUCGCUGGCCCGCAUCCCGCUGCUGGAGAAGCUGCACCUGGACGACAACUCCGUGUCCACCGUCAGCAUCGAGGAGGACGCCUUCGCCGACAGCAAGCAGCUCAAGCUGCUCUUCCUGAGCCGCAACCACCUGAGCAGCAUCCCCUCGGGGCUGCCCCGCACGCUGGAGGAGCUGCGGCUGGACGACAACCGCAUCUCCACCAUCCCGCUGCACGCCUUCAGGGGCCUCCACAGCCUGCGGCGCCUGGUGCUGGACGGCAACCUGCUGGCCAACCAGCGCAUCGCGGACGACACCUUCAGCCGCCUGCAGAACCUCACCGAGCUCUCGCUGGUGCGCAACUCGCUGGCCGCCCCGCCCCUCAACCUGCCCAGCGCCCACCUGCAGAGGCUCUACCUGCAGGACAACGCCAUCAGCCACGUGCCCUACAACACGCUGGCCAAGAUGCGCGAGCUGGAGCGCCUGGACCUGUCCAACAACAACCUCACCACGCUGCCCCGCGGCCUGUUCGACGACCUGGAGAACCUGGCCCAGCUGCUGCUCAGGAACAACCCCUGGUUCUGCGGCUGCAACCUCAUGUGGCUGCGGGACUGGGUGAAGGCGCGGGCGGCCGUGGUCAACGUGCGCGGCCUCAUGUGCCAGGGCCCCGAGAAGGUGCGGGGCAUGGCCAUCAAGGACAUCACCAGCGAGAUGGACGAGUGCUCCGAGGCGGGGUCGCAGGGCGGCAUGUCCAACAUCGCCCCCAAGACCACGGCCAGCAACCACGCCUCGGCCACCACGCCCCAGGGCUCCCUCUUCACCCUCAAGGCCAAGAGACCGGGGCUGCGCCUCCCCGACUCCAGCCUUGACUACCCCAUGGCCACGGGUGAGGGCGCCAAGACCCUGGUCCUCCACGUGAAGGCCCUGACGGCGGACUCCAUCCGCAUCACGUGGAAGGCCACGCUCCCCGCCUCUUCCUUCCGGCUCAGCUGGCUGCGUCUGGGCCACAGCCCGGCCGUGGGCUCCAUCACCGAGACCCUGGUGCAGGGGGACAAGACGGAGUACCUGCUGACCGCCCUGGAGCCCAAGUCCACCUACAUCAUCUGCAUGGUCACCAUGGAGACCGGCAACACCUACGUGGCCGACGAGACGCCGGUGUGCGCCAAGGCAGAGACCGCAGACAGCUACGGCCCCACCACCACGCUCAACCAGGAGCAGAACGCCGACCCCCUGGCCGGGCUGCCCCUGGCCGGCAUCAUCGGGGGCGCGGCCGCCCUCGUCUUCCUCUUCCUGGUCCUCGGAGCCGUCUGCUGGUACGUGCACCGAGCGGGGGAGCUGCUGAGCCGGGAGCGGGCUUACAACCGCGGCAGCCGGAAAAAAGACGACUACGUGCAGUCGGGGACCAAGAAGGACAACUCCAUCUUGGAGAUCCGCGGCCCGGGGCUGCAGAUGCUGCCCGUCAACCCCUACCGCGCCAAAGAGGAGUACGUGGUGCACACCAUCUUCCCGUCCAACGGCAGCAGCCUCUGCAAGGGCACGCACACCGUGGGCUACGGCACCACGCGGGGCUACCGCGACGCCGGCAUCCCGGACGCGGACUACGCCUACACCUGACGCCGCCGCCCGCCGCCUGGCGAGCUGGGCCCGCCCCGCCGGCCGCCCC